AUGGACAAGCAGCGCGUUUACCCUAGGCAGCUUGAGGCUUCGGAGACCACGUCUAGUUAUGACUAUUGGUGGCCAUAUCCAGCUUGGACCGCAAGCACUGCAGAGACAAUCAGCGUGCCUCUGGCAGUCACACAACUUAUUGCCCCUACAACCUCAAGUGACACGUCCGUCAUGAUCAAUUCCAUGAUCACUGCUGUUCGCCCCAUGGUUACGUCCUCAGCCAUCCCUUCUAAGAGUGGAACUUUCAUCCACAUCACAGCCCUACCACCGGCGAGCUCCUCCUCGGCGAGCGCGAGUCUGAACACCUCACACGGGUCAUCUUUCAACAUCGCUUACCUCGCGCCUCUCUUCGCAGUGCUGGGCGUGAUUGCGGGGGCUUUUACUACAACGCUCCUCCUGCGUUGGUAUAGCCACUGCGCGGGGCGUCACGCGGCUCGCGGUUCGUAUUUCGAAUCAGGUCCUCAAUAUGUUCCAACUCCUGACGUAGGUUCGAUGAGGGCACGAGCUCAUCAGUCAGAUACACUGUCAGUUGAUGCCAAUGCCUAUCUCUCUCCGCAUUACUUCCGGUCUACGCAGGCGGAGAUUGUGAGAGAGAUAGGACGUACACCAUCAACCCCCAUACGAUCACCUCGAUAUUUACACGUACCUCGAUCUCCAGUGGAUGCGUUGUCCUCGCCGCUUCCCGCAGAGGAUGAUGCAUUUUUUAGAUGCGAGCAGUCUAUGGUGAACAAUGUCCUUCAACGUGGACGGUCUGGAGCCACGACGUCAACUACAUUACUGUCUCCUGCCUCUUUGGCCGACGAAGACCAGAGCAUGCCAUACGACACACUGCGACACACAUCGAUUAGGCGGGGAAUCCUCGAGCGCUUGAAGUAUGGUACUCAACGACGACCCGCAAAAGACAUUGAAGAACCCGGGUCUACGGAUGGCAUCGGAGUCGUUCCUGGACCACCUAAGCAGCGCUUAAGUCGUAGACAAGGUCACAAGAGACAGACUUCGGACGUCACGACUGACGAGACCGGGGGGUCAAUGGCUGCGCAGUCUAUUGUCACUCCCAAAAGGAGUCAUUCGCUGGUGCACAGUGUCGUAUACGAGUCGCCCUUGCUUCAUACAGGAUUCAGAAUUAUCGAGGAGGACCCUGAGAUGGACGUGAUGCUUGCAGAGCAGGAAUGCCAGGUCACCAAUCGCCAUGCGGCCACUCAUCACAAGCAUUUCGCGGCGCAGGACGACUCUGAUGCAAAUUUGAUCUCUCCUUGGGCAACGUCUCUCUCUCGACAAGCAGAAACUGAUACGUAUACCACUUUGCCAGCGCGACGAAGUGCCAAGAGCAGCCCGUUCUCAACCCCGGGUAUAUCGCGCACGUCAACUACAGCUUCUCCGCCUGCGAUGUCGCGCGUUGAUUCCUCUGUCCUUCCGUCAAGUCCUCCACGGAUCAUGUCCCCACCACUUGAGUCUAGGCUCUUCUUCGGUGCCAUUCCGCCGGAUUUUGGAGUCACUCCAACGCUGAACUUGCAAUUUCCCUCCCAGCACGCAUCCUCAUCAGUACCGGACCGAAGCUCUCCACCGAGACAAAUGAACAAGCUGCACACCACUAGAGAGCCACCGCUUCUACCGUUCCCUUCUUCCUCGAUCUCCUCUCCAUACAGUAACCGCCUGAAGAAGGCCAUCCGGCAGGCUCGGCCGCCUGCUACUUCUCCGACUCCUACCCCAGCAGGGCCCUCUCCCCCUCCUGGAAGGCACUCUGGCGCCUUGACGCCCACGACGGGCUUCACAACAAGACAUUCAGCCCAUGACAAAGUGGAUGAAAUUGUGUCGCGAAGCUGGAGCCAGAGGGACGUAAGCGCAGACAUGUUUGUCAGGAGUCCGACACUAUUUGGGGCAUUGGCCCUCCAUCUACGUCCCUUGUCCGGUCACCCUGACAGUGUACUUCAAGGCGGCGCUAGCGUUCCGAAAUCUCCGCUGGAAGGUAUUGAACAAAGGUUGGAGGCCUUGUUGAAGAGCAAGAACAAGGACAGCGGACAUUGUGAGAGGGUAUGA